GCCUACUUCUCUUCUGUUUUAUGUUGUUGACGUGACACCGUGACCUGGGAAAAUAGACAACUCACCACAGGAGGAGGAGGAAGAGACAGGUGUUGUGAUUUAUGACACAUGAUAGAUAGGGCUGUUAUACAUCUGCCUGGUUAUACUGUAUAUGGUACAAUAUUGAGGUUUUGUUCAUCAGUUUUCAAUGGCGGCAGAAGUGGAAAGUGUAGAUGCCAUUCUGCGUGAAAACAUUCCCGCGGAAACGUGCGAACAAGUGCUAACCAUUUUGUAUGGGAAGAAGGCUAGGGUUCUGGAAUUACCAGAGGAUGCAAAGCAGGCUGCUAGAGAGAAAGACUUUGAGUUGCUUGGCUAUGCAAUUGAUGCUCAGCAAGAGCAGCUAAGAUCACCACGAAUUGUCAGAAUUGGUGCAGUGCAGAACAAGAUUAUACUGCCUACAAAUGCACCCAUAGCAGAACAGAUAGGAUCACUUCAUAAUAGAAUCGCUGACAUUGUUGAAACUGCUGCAAAAUGCGGAGUAAAUGUUAUUUGUUUUCAGGAGGCUUGGACAAUGCCUUUUGCAUUUUGCACAAGGGAAAAACAGCCAUGGUGUGAAUUUGCUGAAUCUGCUGAAGAUGGUUCUACAACCAAGCUUUGUCAAGAGCUCGCAAAACGUUUCAACAUGGUAAUCGUUUCUUCAAUCUUAGAACGUGACCCAGCUGAUGACGUGUUGUGGAAUACUGCUGUUGUUAUAUCAAACUCUGGAACAGUUCUUGGAAAAUCUAGAAAGAACCACAUACCAAGAGUUGGUGAUUUUAAUGAGUCAACAUACUAUAUGGAAGGGAAUACUGGACAUAAAGUAUUUGAAACACAAUUUGGUCGAAUUGCUAUUAAUAUUUGCUAUGGAAGGCACCAUCCAUUGAAUUGGUUGAUGUAUGGGUUGAAUGGGGCCGAGAUAGUGUUCAAUCCGUCUGCUACGGUCGGAGCUCUUAGUGAGCCUAUGUGGGCUAUUGAAGCAAGGAAUGCUGCCAUAGCCAAUAGCUACUUUACUGUUGCAAUCAACAGAGUUGGCACUGAAACUUUUCCAAAUAAGUUCACAUCUGGUGAUGGUAAAAAAGAGCACAAUGACUUUGGACACUUCUACGGGUCUAGCUAUGUUGCUGCUCCGGAUGGAAGCAGGACUCCAGGCUUGUCUAGGAUACGAGAUGGACUGUUAGUCACAGAGGUUGACUUGAAUUUGUGUCGACAGAUUAAAGACAAAUGGUGUUUCAAGAUGACUGGGCGACAUGAUAUGUAUGGGGAUUUACUGACUCAAGCUACGAAACCAGGAUAUAAACCCCCAAUUGUGAAGGAAUAGUUACUGAUUGUCUUUACUGAAGUCUUGGUACUGGAGGAAUUUCCUUCAGAAAAUCAGAAAUGAAUAUUGCAUUAAUACAACAGUACAUACAUUCAAUAAAAUAGUUGGGUUUUUUUUUUUUUUUGGAACUCAGUUCUUGAAAAAGUUUGUGUCCAUAAGUAGGGCAGAUUAAAUGUAUCUUUUUAUCUUCCUACAAAAAUGUGUAACUGGGGUCAUUUUUUUAAAUCACUCAAACUGUGGCAAUCCCAAUGGUGCAUAGUUGUGUGGCUGCCUAGAGCUUGAAAGUCACAUGACCCUAGUGGUGCCAUGGUGCAGGUGAUCACAUUUUUUAUUGAAAUUGUGCCUACAGAUACCCAGAAGUAACAUCUAAUGAUUUUUAGUGUGUGCUAAUUUACGAGUUUUAGUCAUAUGAAAUAUUUUAACUCCUACCCCUUGAAAAAGGAAGUGUAUAUCAACGUCUCCUUAUAUUAUAGGAGUUGGUCAGUUUUAAUUGCCACAACAUUAUGAAAAGUGAGUAAAUUUUUGAAUAAUGUUACUUUACAGUAAGAUAGUAUAAUCAUGGAGGUAUUAUUGAGAAGGAGAUCACUCGGCAAAGCUACGCGCACGCAGCGCUAUGCAAAUGAACCAAGAUCAAAGUUGCCGUAGCACGUAAAGAACGUUUGCGCGAUGCCUUUG